AUCCGAGACUCCAAUGGUCGUGGGAGGGAGCUUUUUGUAAAGUACAAAGGAAACAACUUUGAUGAAGGCAGUUGCUCGGCCAGUGUCCAUGCUCCCUUGAUGACGGCCGGUUUGCAAGGACUACAGUAAGGAGCCGCCGGCCAGCUUCCCCUUUCCAAAUAAGCUACAUUCGUUAUCGUCUGGGAGUGAAGGAGACGCUUGAUUCUUCGUUAUUUGUACUUUUCUAUUUCGGUAUAAAACUCACCAGGUAUUUCCCCUCUCCAUUCAACAGAGGAGCCCGCGCUAGGAGCCCGCUUCGUUCUUGCCUCGUCGCAAGGUAUGUUGCCAAAACAUUGCCGAGAAGGUACUGCGAGCCUUUCGAGGACAAACCGUCAAGAUGGAAGUUGCAGCAUAUCAUGCAAUACCUUCGACUUCAUGUUGCUCUGAUCCCAAUUCCCCCUCGUCCUCAACCACCCCUCUCCAUGUUCGGGGGACUUGUCACAACCUUUGUAGUAAAAUCUCGCAACACUUCGACCACUGUGACGACGUUCUGUUUGCUUCUGCGUCAGUCAGUUCUGCUUCCAAUAGCUUGGUCCUGGACUGCAGUCAUGCGAGAGCUUCCUCCCCUGCAACUCGACGGCAUCGAGGCUGAGAUGGCGCCCGACAACGCGCAUGCUGGUCCUUCGAACCAGUCAGACGGAGAUCUGAGCCACUUCACGGUUCAAUCGGGCUCGAGGAAGCAGAAAAUACGCCGCCGAAUCAGAUACCGUUUCCUCACCCCUUCGGAAUGGGCUAUUGUUGCUCACGGUAUCGGGGGCGUCAACGACACCGAGGGUCACAUCGCGCUCCACCCGACUUGCUGGUACUACCCUCCCAAAGGAAUUCCCAACGGUCUUUACCGAGACGUCAUCUGGCACCGUACCAAGUACUUCUACAUGUAUCACGGCAUGAGCUCCAUCCGAUGGGUCGCGUAUAUCUUGCAAAUCAUUUUCGGUGCUAUCCUCACCGCAAUUGGCUCCAUGUCGUAUGAGGACGGCACUCCUAUCACCAUCAUUGCGGCCGCAAACACCAUAAAUGCUGGCAUCCUCGCACUCCUGCACAACAGUGGUUUACCCGACCGCUAUCGCUCCGACCAGGCCGAGUUUGACGAGGUUGAAGACCACCUCAAGAAGAUCCUCGACACUGGAAUCGUCCCUGAACAUAUGUCUGUCGACCAAGCUCUGAUCCAUUGUUUCGAUUUGUACCAGGAGGCCAAGAAGACCGUCUCGGCAAACAUCCCAGCGACUUAUACCCCGAGCUCCGUUCUGUCAGGUGGCCCGCAAGGCGGCGAGCCGCAGAAGCCGGGCAUGCCUGGACCAGCGGCACCCAACGCAGCAAACUCGGUCAUUGCGACCAGGCUCUCGGUGGCUUCACCUCAGGCUGCUACAGAGGAGAAGUAAAACAAAAGAAUAAAGUGUCGACUCGAGGCCAUGUCAUUAUUGGGAGCUUAUUCUUGUUCAACUACAUUACCUAUCAAUCAAGGCGGCAAUCGGUGUUAGGGAGCCUCUAGAGACGCAGGAGAGCAUUGACAUCAUAUACAUUUGACGAUUCAUCAAGAAGGUAAAGAGAUCAUAUUAAAUUCAACCACGAAUUACAUCGACUCGAGUUGC